AUGGUGGAGAUGGAAGACAUCGUAACAAGCAUGACAGUUGUCUUUUCAAGCCCCCAGAGUGGUGAAAAUGUGGAAAAGCAUUUCCGCAACCUCCAGAACAAGAUGGUAAACAUGGGCAUUUCUGGAGAAAUUACAGACUUUACAGAUGAGAAUGUAGAGGUGGGUAAUUUUUUAUAUUUUAGUUUAUUUAUGAUUGAAUGAGCAUAUCAACAUUUAAAAUGGGAUUAUUGUUAUAAAUUUUCAGCUCGACAUGGGAUCAACACCGUUUCAGAGGCACUUUGAACUCCUCAUUGCAGAGGCACCUGUACAUGAUGAGGGAGAGCAAAAUGAGUAUCAUUCUGCCACAUUCAUGCCCAGUCUGGUAAAGUACUUCUUGCCUCAUGCCCCUCUCUGGUCAGCACUAAUGCUGGGUGAGUGUACUAUGAUUAAUAUUUUAAUAACAUGAAACACACACGAUACGUAGAUAUGUGACACUUAGAUAUGAAUGACAGGUAGCUUACUCCAGAUCCAAUGGGUAGGGCAUGAUGUCUAACUAUCAAACUAUUUGGCUACAUUUACACUGCAAGUCUUAAUGCACAGAUCCGUUCUUUAUACUAAAGUACACAGCAACAUACACAGGACAAAUCCAAACAUUAUCCUGAAUGUUUGUGAAAGCAACAUGAAUGUACUGAAAUGCAUCUGUACAUAAAUACAACGUGUGAUCACUGCGUUGAGAGGUCUCAUAUGAUUUGUUUGCGCACUAAUAUAAUGGCAGUACAAACACAACUAAGAAUAAAGUGUAAAAAAUUCAUUGAAUACUUUUAUGGGCUGAAUGCUAGUAUUUAAAUCAAUGUAAUAUUUUUCAGGGGAUUUGGGCCGCCAUGGAAGAGGUCCUGCCUACAAAAAUCUCUCAAAGAAAUUUGAGCGAUGUAGUCAGCUGAACACACAGGUGUGUUUUUAUUGUUGUACAAUGCAUCUGUUCUUUCAUACCUCUUUGACAGCAGCAAUUGUGUUUUGUACAUUUUGUUGUUUCAGAAUUACACCAAUGACAACAAAACACAAGGCAUUAUGGAAAAGAGCCAGUGGGACCUGAAACGUGUGCGCUUUCACAGACGUCGCCUCACACGGCUGGAUGAUUUUGUCCAUAUUUAUCAAAUAUCCCACAAUGCCCUGCAGAAGGAGUUUUCAGACUCUACUCGCAAGAAAAAAGUUAGUUUUAUAAUUUAUUUCCAAAAUAUUUCAUUUAUGGCUAUUAACUAAUCCUGUUUUCAACCAUGUUUCUAAACAUAUAUUUUUUUUAAAUGUAGACACACAGAGUAGAUGUUGAGCGCUGGAAACAACGAAGGCGGUCCAAAAAAGGCAUUUAUGUAUCGCCACUACUAAAGGUCUUCCCCUUCAAGAAAAACAAAAAGGUAGCAUGAUGAUAAUGUAUUAUAUAACUUAGUAAGAAACAGUCAAAACCACACAUCAACAAUUCCUAUGAAAUAAAUAAUGUACUUUUUGUUAUUGUUAAUGUAGCCCAAGGUGCCGACCAAAAAAAAUGAACCACAUGCAGCAAACCAAGAAGACAAUGUUUGCAGGGAAAACGUACAGGCUGUAAGUACAGUACACUAUCCAAGCAUUUUACCUUGAAAUUUGAUUCAUGCUUUAAAUCUGUUUAUCCAAAUGAUUAAUUCCAAUACUACCAGUUACCAUUUGUUCGUUGUACAAAUUUACUACAUUAAGUGGAAAGAAAUGAGCACCUUUUAUGUGUUCUGAAUGAGUAGUUGCAUUAAUUUGUACUCAAAAACAAAAGUUCUUAUUGUAUGUAUUUAUUGUAUUGAAACAUGUACAUGUAUACUUUCUAUAUUAACUAUACACAAAGAGACAAAGGCAGACACACUUUAAAUAAGAUCUUUACAUUAUAAAAAUGUAUGUUCUAUGACUUCUUUAGACUGCAGUGGAAGGAUGUGACACAGCCUUGUUGGCAGAAAACGUACAUUCAGACACCCAGUCUGAUGAAAAUAAAAGUGAAAAGGUAUGAAUUCAUAAAUUACAUUAUUUUACAUUACUUAAAAUUAUUGAACUGGACAUGCAUAUAUAACUGCAUACACCAAUUAAUUACUUAUUCCGACCUUAAAUUACGUUACACAGCCUAUAAGCAAGAUUGUUCAAAAUGUGUAGAGUGAGAUAAAAUCCAAACGCAAAUAAAUUUUAACACAUUAGUGCUAUUAUUUAAAUACAGGCCAUGGUGGUGACCCCGAAAGAUGAACUACUGACAAAAACCCCAGAGAAAAGUCUGAAAGGAGAACAUUUGACUGCAGUGGAAGCAUGUACAUCACAGAUGGAAACAACAGUAGAUGUGAUCCAAUGUGCUGACACUAAAGGAAAAAAGGUUCUUAGGAACCUUGGUCCAUGCUGGCAUGGGAAGAACCCCUCCGAAAUGCUUCCUUCAUUGAGACUUUAUAGAACACAGCAAGUCCCCAAAGGCAGCACCCUAACCUCAAUUCUGCACCCACAACAUUGGCUCAGCAGUGAUGAAAUGGAUUUUGCUUCUUACCUGCUUGCAAAAGAGUACAGUGGCAUUGACGGAUUUCAGUCAACCCUUUUAUUUAGUGUUUUGGAUAAAGGAGGGAUUGUGGGUACACCAACCAGGCAAUUUGUUCAGUUUUUACAUGCAGGGGGAAAUCACUGGGUGACGGCAAGCAACCUCUUUGCUGACAAAAACGAGGUUUGCCUUUAUGACAGCCUCUCAACAGUGAUGGACAAUAAUGCUGAACAGGCCUUAUCGUGGCUGUUAAGGCCAAAGGAAGAUCAAUUUGUGGUAAAAUUUCCUGCUGUUCAGCAGCAAACCAAUAGCAGCAACUGUGGCUUGCUUGCUAUUGGAUUUGCAUAUGCACUGUGCCGCAACAUUCGACCGGAGAACUGUCAGUUCCGUGAGGGUCGAAUGAGGGCAGAACUCAUUAAGAGUUUCAGAACAGGAAGGAUCGAGUUCAAAAUGGAGGCAAAAUUGCAGGAGGCAAAAUUGCAGAAACAAAACACUGUCAGUGUCCAUUGUGUGUGCAGGACGGCACACAACAAAGAAAUAAUGGUGCAGUGUUCAUUGUGCCAUGGGUGGUUUCAUCCCACCUGUUUAAACAUACCCUCAACUGCCAUUUUUGGUGACGAUGACUGGCACUGCCAUAAUUGUAAAGUAUAAUAACUACUGAACAACCAAGAAAUAUUUGGACUGAAAAAAUCUUUUAUGAUAAACAUGCAAUGUAAAAAGUUAAUUUGUUUAUGGUUUUGUCAUGUUAAUAUUUCCUGUACGACAACUGGAUUACCUCCAUGUGUUUUUCUUAUUUUAUUUUAGCCCAUUUUUGUUUAAUUCGGUCUGUUUGCUUCUGUUUUCAUUGACAAGUUUUCUUUUUACUUUUGUACUGUAAUUUAGAUUUUAAAAAAUCAUCUAAGUACUUUGUGUUCCAUUUUUACAGUAAAGUUUGUUAAUGCAAUAAUGAAUGUGUAAAGUAGACAGAACUACAUAUUUUAUCAUUGUGCACAUUUUGUAGAACCCCAAAAUUCAAGAUUAAAAAGCUUUUAUAUGAUUUAUUGUAUGACUUAUAUUUAUUAGAAAAAUAAUGUGCUACAUAAAGGCAUGUAAGGUUGACUAAUGUGACAUCUCCAAAAUGGUUAGAUAUGAGGUAUGCAUACUGUAUGGGACGUCAACUUCAAAAACAGAUCAUAAUUUUUUUCUAAUCUUUUGAAAUGAAGUCUUUAUAGGCCUCUAAACUGGAGUGAUGGUAUAUAUGUC